CAUGGGUGUGGGUGUGGGCGUGGGCGUGGGCGUGGGCGUGGGCGUGGGCGUGGGCGUGGGGGUGGGUGUGAGUGUGGGUGUGGACUAUGAUAUAAUGAGGCCCCACCCACACCCACACCGGCACCCACACUCGCACCUACACCCACACCCACAUCCCACACCCACACCCGCACCUACACCCACACCCACAUCCCACACCCACACCCACACCCGCACCUACACCCACACUAGUCUGGACACGAGAAAGGUGAGGAUCUAAAAUUGAGAUUUUUGAUUUUGGCGUCCUUUAUCGAUGACUUCGUUAUUAUGAUGAUCCAAAUUGUAAUCAAUCAAAUUGUGCACAUAUAUCUAUUCGAACAUCUACAGUAAUGCCAAUGUCAAUAAAAUUAAUAAUUAUUGAAUGCCUUGAUAAUACACGUCCAUUAAAAGACUAAAUUGAAGAAUCUUAUAGAAAUUCUUAACGAUAUAUUAUUUUACAAUGUUAAAAUUCAAGAAAACUUUAUCAAGAUUAUGUUACAAAUGUAUUUCAAAAUAGUUGGAUCAACACAAGAAACAACAAAUAAUACAAUAAUGGAUGCUGAAUUAUUUAUUACUUUAACAAAAGCUCAAGUUCUAGAAGAAUUUAAUCGUAUUCAAUCUGUUAUAUCAGCUGAUUUACUUCGACAUGCUUGCUUUCAAAAAAUAGCUAGUUCACACGAAGAAUAUCAUACAUAA